AUGGGACGGACGAAAACAAAAAAGCAAGCUGCUUCAAAACCCACAAUACCUUCUUCUGCCCAGCCAGCUCCAGCUACACCCUCUAUACCCUCAUUACUAGAAAAAGCCCAAUCACUCAUCGUUCAAUGCGAUUACGAACUAGCAGCUCGAUUCAUCCAACGUAUACUAGACCAACAACCCUCAAAUGCCGAAGCUAAAGAAAUGCUUGGAGUAGUCCAACUAGAAAUGGGUGAUAUUGACGCAGCCAAGCAAACUUUCUCCAGUUUAUUACCGCCAAACUCAGCUGCACCUUCACCUCCGCCUCCCUCUGCCCAUCUAUAUCUUGCACAGAUCAGUGACGACGAGCCCAAAGUCGCUUUACAACAUUAUCAAUCAGCCGUAGAACUGCUAUACGUACAACUAAAAGGCAAAGAGCGUGCAGGACAAAAUGGGACAAGCGAUGAUGAGAUCGAGCUAAAAAGUAACAUCGUCCGGGCUUUGAUUGGCCAAGUAGAAAUUUGGAUGGACCCUUCGUACGAUCUCUGUUUCGAACCUCAAGCAGAAAAGACUUGUGAAGAUCUCCUCGAAACAGCUCUCAAGGUUGAUCCUGACAAUUCAGAAGCUUUACAAAGUCUGGCUUCUGUGCGGAUGUCACAACAGAGACCUGAAGACGCGAAAGCGUGUUUAGAAAAAGCGUGGAUAUCUUGGAAAGACCUGGAUUUAGACGAUCCCAAAGUUCCACCGAUACCUGCUCGAUUGGGAUUGGUUAGACUUUUCCUCGAAUUAUCCAUAUAUUCUCCAGCAUUGCUCGUAUUACACGGUGUAAUGACGGCCGAUGACGAAGAAGUUGAAGCAUGGUAUCUUGAAGGGUGGUGUUACUUCCUGAUGGCCGAACAAGCAAAGGAAAACGGUGGGACCCUGGACGAUCUCAGCUGGGAGGAAUUAGCACAGGAUGCAAGAGAUCGACUGGAAACAUGUCAACUGUUACAUAUUCAUCAAGAACAUCCGGACAAACCCCUACUCGAGCACACACAGGAACUGAUCGCAAAUCUGGAAGGAAUGGGUAUCAAACCUUCCCCUCCAGGCGAGGGUGAAGAUGAAGCCGACGAUGGUGAGUGGGUAGAUGACGAUGCGGAUAGUGAUGAUGGAGACGAGGACGUAGAAAUGUCAUAG